ACUGAUGUUAUUUUUUUAUUAGUAGUGUUGGCGGUGAGAUUGAUUUCCCUCUCGCAUGCAAGAAAGUGAGCUAUAAAACAAACUGCGGACAGCGCGGCCCCGCAGAGCGCGGCCCACUCGCGUUAAUCGUACGCGCGGCUCAGGCUAUCGCUCGCCUCACAGCAGUCUGCUCGCCUGCGCCACAGGAAGAGCCGCGGGCCCGCGCAGGCGCAGGCGCUGGGUGGCGCGCGCCGCGGGGCUACUGCGCAGGCGCGGCAAGCCCGCCCGCGACCUAGCGCUGUGAUCCCGGUCCGCCAUGGUCGAGGCGUCUCGCUUGCACCGAGACGGGACUUCGACACAGAAGCUGCAUUACAGAAAGGAAGAAAUCAGAACCACACUUCAAGAGUUGUUACUCUACUUAAUUUUUUUAAUAAACCUAUGUAUAUUGACUUUUGGCAUGGUAAAUCCACAUAUGUAUUACUUUAACAAAGUUAUGUCAUCUCUGUUUUUGGAUACUUCUGUACCUGGUGAGGAAAGAACCAACUUUAAGUCUAUUCGCAGCAUAACUGACUUUUGGAAGUUUAUGGAAGGACCCCUUCUGGAAGGUUUGUACUGGGAUUCAUGGUACAAUAACCAAAAGCUGUAUAAUUUAAAAAACAGCAGUCGCAUCUACUACGAGAACAUCCUCCUUGGAGUCCCCAGAGUUCGGCAGCUAAAAGUUCGCAAUAAUACGUGCAUGGUCUAUUCAUCCUUUCGGUCUUUGAUGAGUGAAUGUUAUGGCAAGUAUACUUCUGAAAAUGAAGACUUAGCCGAUUUUGGCAUCAAAAGUGGUACCGAGUGGAAGUACUCUACUCCUAGUACCAACUCCCCUUGGCACUGGGGAUUCGUUGGUGUUUAUCAAAAUGGGGGAUAUAUUUUUACCUUAUCAAAAUCAAAAUCUGAAACCAAAAACAAGUUCGUUGACCUUCGAUUGAACAGCUGGAUCACAAGAGGAACCAGGGUUAUUUUUAUUGAUUUUUCAUUAUACAAUGCUAAUGUAAACCUGUUUUGUAUCAUUAGGUUGGUAGCAGAAUUCCCUGCAACUGGAGGAGUACUUACGUCAUGGCAGUUCUACUCUCUGAAACUCCUCAGAUAUGUCAGUUACUCUGAUUAUUUUAUUGCCUCUUGUGAAAUCAUAUUUUGUAUUUUUCUUGUUGUCUUCACAACACAAGAAUUCAAAAAAGUAAAAGAAUCUAAGUUCGCCUAUUUCACAAGUAUUUGGAACUGGUUAGAAUUACUGCUUUUGUUGUUGUGUUUUGUGACUGUUUUCUUCUACGCAUACUGUAAUUUGCAAAACUUUCUCCUACUUGGACAGCUAUUAAAGAGUACUGAAAAAUAUUCAGACUUCUAUUUUCUUGCAUCCUGGCACAUUUAUUACAACAAUAUAGUUGCUAUUACUAUCUUCUUUGCAUGGAUAAAGAUAUUCAAAUUCAUAAGCUUUAAUAAGACAAUGUCACAGCUGUCAUCAACCUUGUCCCGCUGUAUCAAAGACAUAGUAGGAUUUGCUAUCAUGUUUUUUAUAAUAUUCUUUGCUUAUGCCCAGUUAGGGUUUCUUGUUUUUGGAUCACAAGUUGAUGACUUUUCCACUUUUCAAAAUGCUAUAUUUGCACAAUUUCGAAUUGUCCUUGGAGAUUUUAAUUUUGCUGGUAUUCAGCAAGCCAGUUGGAUCUUGGGACCCAUUUACUUCAUCACUUUCAUCUUUUUUGUGUUCUUUGUCUUGCUGAACAUGUUCUUGGCAAUAAUUAAUGAUACUUAUUCUGAAGUGAAAGCUGAUUAUGCAAUAGGAAAAAGGCCAGAUUUUGAACUUGGUAAAAUGAUUCAGAUGACUUACCAUAAUGCUCUCGAGAAACUGAAGCUGAAGAAAACUCAAAAAGAAGACAAGAAAAUUAGCAAAGGCAAUGGACAUUUGGUUGAACAAACCAGAAGAGAAGGCUUUGAUGAAAAUGAGAUUCGAAGACCUGAGCAGAGGAAAAAAUCGAGAGAGAAACUUGAGGAAAAGUGUUAUUCCUCAGAUAUUCAGAAUGACGACCAGCCUGUCACUCAACAAGAAUUUCGCGAACUCUUUUUAUAUGCUGUAGAACUGGAGAAAGAAUUACAGUGUAUCAGUUUAAAACUUAACCGAGUGAUGGGAAAAUUUUCAGCUCUACAAUACUAAGUGAAGUGUAACUGGUUACAGAUUACUAUCACCAGACUAUCGAAGACUAAAAACGCAGGCGCAGGCACCCAGGAGAAGGGGACCUGGCACCCAGGAAGCCACGCGGUGGGUGUGCCGGCCUUUGGGCCAGCUCCCAGCCGUGCAGGCGCCCAGGAUGCUGCAGGAAGCUGCACGGUGGUGUGCACUGGCUCUCAGGCCAGCCGCUGCCACACGAUCGAGAACUAUCAUGGCAUAGAGAAGCAAUGACACAAUUGGCCCACCACAUGCUGGCUGUGGAGGCCCACCCGCGGACAUGCGUGAAGCAUUCCGACAUGGAGAAAUCCCUGAGAAUACAUUCCACACGAGUCGCUCUUGCCCCUGCUGUUGAGAACCAGAAAGGUCCAGAGUCAGUGGAGGAGCAGCUGUUGCACAGGACUC